GUUACGUGGUAGAGGGAUGCGUGGGAGACAGAGCCCGUGGUGAGGUGGCAGGCUGCCGUUGGCCGAGGCGGAUUGGGAAGCGGGAGAGGAUCGACCUUCAGUCGUCGAUUGUCAGAAGGAGGUCGUCCUGUCUGAUCCACUCGCGAGCGAGCGAGCGUCUGGAGCCUCGUGUGCCUCAUGCUCGCUCGUCCACUGUGCCCGGCGGCAUGUGACGAGAAUUGAAAUGUGCCGCACGGACGAUCGGCUCUGCCCGCUCGUGCUCGUGCUCGUGCUCGCGAGGACGGACGGCACGCGGGCGAUGGUUGUCUCGUCGGAUGACGCUGGCGGAAGAUCCUCUUCCGAGGGGCGUCUCUGUCGCGGGCGCUUCACGUCGUCUUCUUCGCUGCGCGGGACUGUCACGUCUCUGCGCGCGAGGUUGGUGUAGAUGCCAUCGAAGCCUUCCAGAAUGAUUCGGGCUUGAAUCAUCGGCAUACGAUCCUCUCAGACGAUCUUCUCGGGCCCGAAAGUGCAAAUCCGGAGCUCGUCGCAUGUGCGCGAGAUUCCGCUGUUGAGUGCGAGAGAGGGAGCGAAGCAGAGAGUGGAUUAGAGACCUUUACACCCACGGAAACGAUGGACGGUCGCGAGCGGAGACGAGUAUAACAGAGGGCCCCUCACGCUGAGGUCGCUUUGAAGCGUGGAGGUCCGGUGCCACCGAGCGGCUUGCGUUGGCGUCAAUUCUGUCCGAGAUCUCUUCAUUUAUGUUUGCGUAAUCUCGGUGGCGUAAUGGCUGCACCGCUCUCGCUGUCGGGUUGCGGGCUCUCCCUUGGAGCUUCAUCAGUUCCUAAAUGGGCUCGAUUCUGCAGUCAAGAGAGUACUUGCGGGAAAGCAGGAGUGAUUGAACAACAUAUUUUGCUUGCUGCAACUCCAAGAAGAUCUGGACUGACAGAUAGUCCGAUUUAUGUGACUCGUCAAAGGACGCCAAGGCACAGUCUGAAAAUAUUGGGGAGUGCAACAGAUAAGAAGAACAAAAUCGCCAAGCUAUAUGUGACACAGCAGAAAAGUGUACCCCUGCCCUGUUUUUGUGAUAGCCAAGGAGACCCCCAGCAUUUACGAGUAUUUCUUAGUCAGCCUGAAGGAAGACAGUCGAUGCUGAACACAAAAGCAUUGGACAAGUACGAAGACUUGGGGGAUAAUAAAUUCAGGUGCUAUCUUCCAAAGAUCGACUUUCUGAGCUUCGAAGUUGCACCGGUGAUCGAUCUCCUAGUCGCUGCUAAUGAAGAUAACUGCCAAGUCGAGUUGCUGUCCUGCAAGUUUGAAGGUUCUGAUAUAGUGCGCAGUCAAAAUGAGCGUUUCUCAGCUAGCUUGAAGAACCAUCUCGUCUGGAGCACUAAACAAAACCAGGAAGUUCUGGACGUAAAGCUGGAAUUGAAUGUGUUCUUAGAGGUGUACACAUUACCUUUUACCCUACUUCCCGUGUCUGCAGUCGAAUCACCAGGAACUUUGAUCAUGCAGAGUCUGGUAGACAGACUGCUACCAUUAUUUGUCGAUAACAUGUUCAAGGAUUAUCAAACCUGGGCCCAAACUCAUCCCAAAGACAGAAGCCUGGAGGAGAAUGCUAGCAAAACUUAGAUCGUUGUGAUAGUAGAUCACCUGAAUUGAUGUGAUGUACAAUAUAUCUGGAAAACGCGUUUCUAGUGACCUCUCUACGUCGUGGUCCGCAUGAAAUGUCGUUGACACAAGGAGAUGUUUGGAACGUAAUGCAUUCCGACUUCCUUUGGAUAGUGUACUUAAUGGCAACAAGCAACACUUGCUGCAAAAGGUGUUCUUAUGUUGCAUACUGCAGCAUGCAGGGCCCAUAUACGGUAUCCUUGCCUUGCCUUCAAGGAUGUAGGAGGGAUUGAAAGUGAUACUGCAACCUCUCCUCUCACACGCGUCUGUAAACGUUGACUAGGGACUGCAUUUGACGGAUGUGUUCCCUAUGGUUAAGGGCUGUGCAUGCAAGCCAGCAACCUGUAUUCUCUAAAGAUACAAACGGGUGCUGUCCCUUCAGCAUAACAGUGUCUUUUAAAAAAGCUUUAGAUCGUAUUUAUUGUAGCUAGUUAAUGUACUGCUGAUGUAAUCUCUGUAUUCGGCCAUUUCACAGUGAUAUAGGAGUGCCCCUCAAUCCAAAAGUUAUAUAAUUUGUUUGUUACUCUUUAUUAUAACUCUAUUUCUAGUCUUUUAGAAAUACAGAAAUUACAUGUAGGUUUUUUAAUCUAUUAUUUGUAAAAUUUAAAAAUUAGAAAGUUGCCUUCGUUUACUGCUUCCCGUUGUUUUUCCUUGUCACCUGCCCUUAUGUACUACUUUACUUCACAAUAGACGUCCAAAAUUAUAC